AUGGUUGCAGCGACGAGUGAUGGCUGCUCGCCUCUUCCAAUGGUGGAGAGUAUGCAAAGCGGUCUCAAAGACGGGAAGCUAGUUGUCAUUGAUGGCGACCAUCAUAUUUUCCUUGAUCAUCAGGAUCAGUUCAAUAAGGAACUCGAAACUUUCUUCAAGGAGAGGGGAUUCAACCCUCAGACUUGA